AUGGAGAACAUUUCGCCCAAGGCGGAGGUGGCCGAGCUGGAGCUUCAGGCUGUAAUCGGCUUCAAUGGACACGUGCCCACUGGUCUGAAGUGCCAUCCUGACCAGGAGCAUCUGAUUUACCCUCUGGGCUGCACAGUCCUCAUUCAGGCGAUAAAUACUAACGAACAGAAUUUCCUACACGGUCACGGCAACAACAUCUCCUGUGUGACCGUCUCCAAGAGCGGAGCUUACAUCGCCUCGGGACAAGUCACAUUCAUGGGCUUCAAGGCAGAUAUCAUUUUGUGGGAUUAUAAGAAGCGGGAGCUGAUCGCUCGGCUGUCACUUCACAAGGGCAAAAUUGAAGAUCUGGCCUUUUCACCAAAUGACUUGUACUUGGUAUCACUAGGAGGCCCAGAUGAUGGAAGUGUGGUGGUGUGGAGCAUAGCCAAGAAAGACGCCAUCUGUGGCAGUCCUGCGGCGGGCCUCAAUGUCGGCAACGCCACCACGGUGAUCUUCUCCGGGUGCUUCGAUGAGAUGUUCGUUACUGCUGGGAAUGGGACAAUUCGAGUAUGGGAACUGGAUCUCCCAAAUAGAAAAAUCAGGCCAACUGAGUGCCAAACAGGACAGAUGAAAAGGAUAGUCAUGAGUAUUACAAUGGCCAAUGAUGACAAUUUUUUCUACCUUGGCACCACAACUGGAGAUAUUCUAAAAAUGAACCCUAAGACUAAACUGCUGGCAGACACUGGGCCUACAAAGGACAAAUUCAGUCUGGGAGUGUCAGCUAUCAAGUGCCUGAAGAUGGGGGGGUUGUUGGUGGGCUCUGGUGCCGGAUUGCUGGUCUUCUGUAAAAGCCCCAGCUACAAACCCAUCAAGAAAAUCCAGUUACAAGGCGGUAUCACUUCUAUCACGCUUCGAGGGGAAGGACACCAGUUUUUUGUAGGAACAGAAGAAUCACACAUUUAUCGUGUCAACUUCACAGAUUUCAAAGAGACUCUCAUUGGGACUUGCCACUUUGAAGCUGUACAGGACAUUGUCUUUCCAUUUGGCACUGCUGAGCUAUUUGCCACCUGUGCCAAGAAGGACAUCAGAGUGUGGCACACGCUGUCCAACAGGGAGCUGCUGCGGAUCACUGUACCCAACAUGACGUGCCAUUGCAUUGAGUUCAUGAGAGAUGGCAAGAGCAUCAUUUCAGCAUGGGAUGACGGAAAAAUCCGAGCCUUCGCUCCAGAGACAGGCCGGUUGAUGUACGUCAUUAACAAUGCCCACAGGAUCGGCGUGACAGCCAUCGCGACUACCAGUGACUGCAAAAGGGUCAUCAGCGGCGGUGGGGAAGGGGAGGUGAGGGUCUGGCAGGUAGGCUGCCAGACCCAGAAGCUGGAGGAGGCCCUGAAGGAGCACCAGUCCUCCGUGUCCUGCAUUCGGGUGAAGAAGAACAAUGACGGAUGUGUCACAGCCAGCACGGACGGCACUUGCAUCAUCUGGGACCUUGUGCGACUUAAGAGGAAUCAGAUGAUCUUGGCCAACACCUUAUUCCAGUGCGUGUGUUACCACCCCGAAGAGUUCCAGAUCAUCACCAGCGGGACAGACAGGAAGAUUGCCUACUGGGAAGUAUUUGAUGGGUCAGUAAUCAGAGAGCUGGAAGGUUCCUUGUCUGGGUCAAUCAAUGGCAUGGACAUCUCACUGGAAGGAGUGCACUUUGUCACAGGUGGAAAUGAUCAUAUGGUCAAAGUUUGGGAUUAUAACGAGGGUGAAGUGACUCACGUUGGGGUGGGACACAGUGGCAACAUCCGGCGCCUCCGGAUAAGCCCCGGCAACCAGUACAUCAUCAGUGUCAGCGCUGACGGAGCCAUUUUGCGGUGGAAAUGCCCCUUUGCUUCCUGA